AUGAGCUCAAAGGUCGAGACUGUCCUCCAGUCUCUGACACUGCAAGAGAAGAUUGCCCUCCUUGCUGGCAAGGACUUUUGGGAAACAGUUCCUAUCCCAGAGAAAGGUGUUCCUGCCAUCAAGACGAGCGACGGUCCGAACGGUGCUCGUGGUGGAGUCUUCACGGGAGGAACUCGAGCAGCAUGCUUUCCUGCUGCCGUAUGUGCAGCCGCAACAUGGAACCCUGCAAACGGCACGCGAAUUGGCCAUGCCUUAGCAGAGGAGACCAAGACCAAGAGCGCACGGGUGCUCCUUGCGCCCACCAUGUGCAACCAUCGACACCCACUUGGGGGCCGGAACUUUGAAUCAUUCUCCGAGGAUCCGUACCUCGCUGGGAAGAUGGCUGCCCAUGUUGUAAAUGGACUGCAGGAAAACGGCAUUGCAGCCACAAUCAAGCACUUUGCAGCCAACGAGCAGGAGACUGACCGUCUGCGAGUCAACGAGAUUGUCUCUGAGCGCGCACUGCGAGAGAUCUACAUGAAGCCUUUUGAGAUUACGGUCAAAGAGGCUCAUCCCCUCGCCGUCAUGACCGCGUACAACAAGGUCAACGGCACACAUGCAGACUCGAACGAGUUUUUGUUAAAGCAAAUUCUGCGUGGGGAAUGGGGAUGGAAUGGCCUCAUCAUGAGUGACUGGGGUGGUACAAACUCGACCGCUGACUCGUUGAAUGCUGGACUAGAUCUUGAGAUGCCGGGACCAACAAGAUGGCGUAGCAUCGAUGCAGUUACCGACGCCGUUAAAAAGGGCCAAGUCACAGAAGCUACCAUCACAGAGCGAGCGAGAAAUGUCCUGAACCUGAUCGAGAAGGUUGGGGCCUUUGAAAACCCCGAGAUUCCACCAGAGAGGUCGGUUGUUGACCCAAGGCACUGCAAAACCAUCCGCGAUGUGGCCGGGCAGGGAAUCACUCUACUGAAGAAUGAUGGUGUCCUGCCACUGCGAAAAGAGCAGGUCAAGGGCAAGACAAUUGGUCUUUUCGGACUAGCCAAGGAGGCUCUCAUCCACGGUGGCGGGAGUGCGUCAUUGAAUGCUCAUUACCGCAUCACCCCCGAGGAAGGCCUAAAAGCCGCAUAUGGCGACGACGUGAAGUUCAAGUUUUCCAAGGGUGCGGCAUCGUACCGUCUUAUUCCACCUCUAUCGCAAGGAUGCAAAGAUGUCGACGGAAACAAUGGCUGGACGAUGCAACUCUUCGACAAGGACAACAAGAAUAGGCCGAUCAAGACCAGCAACGGUAACAAGGAGGCUGCUUUCUCCCCUCUUCUAGAACACCAGGCCAAGCACAGUGAGGUGAUAUUCACAGCUACGUUUACACCUACAGAGUCUGGGUCACACUACCUGGGAUGCUCAGGUAUCGGCCCGACUAUCGUACGCAUCAAUGACCAGGUCGUGUAUGAGCAAAAGCAUAAUUCUCCCGAUGCCAUGGGUUUUCUCUUUGGCGGUAACCCGGAAAAAGAGUUCCGCGUACCGUUCACAAGAGGUACUCCAUAUAAGGUUGAAAUUGUUUCGCAACCACCAGCUGGAAACGCUGACGCCGGCAUUCUCGAUGACUUGCCUGGGUUUAGGCUGGGAUUCAUGUACGAAGCAGAACAUGACAGGGACCUCGCUGCCGAAGCCAGGGACGUGGCAAAAGAAUGCGACAUUGCCAUUGUAUUCACCGGUCACACCCCGGUCUGGGAGACUGAAGGACAGGACCAAGCCGGCUUUAAUCUACCCCGCGAAGGCACCCAGGACAAGCUCAUCGAGGCCGUUGCCUCGGUCAACCCCAAGACCAUCGUGGUAAACUCUACCGGUGUAGCGGUAGCUUUGCCCUGGCUAGACAAGGUAGCUGCAUUCGUGCAAGCCUGGUUCCCCGGCCAAGAAGCCGGGAACGCCAUUGCCGACAUUCUUUCCGGCGCCGUCAACCCAUCGGGUCAUCUCCCUAUCUCAUGGCCUAAGCGCAUUGAAGACGCGCCUGCACAUGGCAACUUUCCGGGCGAAAGAGACGACAGCGGCCAGCUUACUGUGAGAUACGACGAGGGUAUCUUCGUAGGAUACAGACACUACGACCGCAUUGCGGCUGAAAAGAUACAUUUUCCCUUUGGAUUCGGUCUCUCCUACACCACUUUCUCCAUCGCCAACCCGGCAGUCUCACAGCCAUCGUCCGGUGUCUUUGCCGCUACGGCCACGGUAAAGAACACCGGAAGCGUGGCCGGUGCUACCGUUGUCCAACUGUACGUUGGCAGGAAAAACAAGUCGCCAGAGCACCCAAUCAAGACGCUUGCUGCGUUUGACAAAGUAUUUUUAGAGCCGGGACAAGAGAAGCAGGUUGAGCUUACAUGUGCGAAUAAGGACUUUGCAUCGUUUGACGAGGCCGAUGGGAAGUGGGUUGUGGAUAGUGCACCGUAUGAGUUUCACUUUGCACAGAGCGCGGGGCAUGUUGAUGGCGUUGUUACGGUCAUGGCGGAGGGCAUGAGGCAGCUGGUGAUUUAAAUAGCAUGGAACGUUAUCUAGUUUCAGUUAAUC